GUGGAGACUUCUCUCGUGGCUGCGGCGUUCCAAACAGAGAGAAAAAUCGCCUGUAGUCUGGGGGCCAGCCGCAGGCAGGGGAAGGGGGGCGCUUUCCCACAGACGGAUCAGCUUUUUGCAGCCCUUGUUGAGCAAGGGCGAAGAAUAGAGAUAACUGGGACCGAAAAAAUGAAUCGGAGUUUUAAUAAAUCUCAGAGUCUGCGGUUUUUCGAUUGCAACGCAGUGGAAGUCAAGAGUAAGUUUGGGGCUGAGUUUCGAAGAUUUUCUUUGGACCGUUGCAAACCUGGAAAGUUUGAAGACUUCUACAAGCUUAUCCUUCACAUCCAUCACAUCUCGAACAUGGACGUGAUGAUUAGGUAUGCUGAUGUGCACGGUGACCUACUGCCCAUCAAUAAUGAUGACAAUUUCUUCAAGGCUGUCUCAAGUGCAAAUCCAUUGCUCAGAGUCUUCAUUCAAAGACAAGAAGAAGUAGACUACUGUAACUUUGGGAGCAGCACAUUAACUAGGAAGAAGAAGGUCCUAGUUACCCUUCGCAACGAUAACCUUCGCCGGCGUCCUCACCUCAACAUCAGCAUGCCCCAUGACUUCCGACCGGUUUCUUCUAUCAUUGAUGUGGAUAUCCUUCCUGAAACCCAUAGGAGGGUCCGGCUGUACCGGCACGGGUGUGAAAAGCCGCUUGGGUUUUAUAUCCGUGAUGGGACCAGUGUGCGGGUGACGUCCCAAGGCCUUGAGAAAGUCCCGGGCAUCUUCAUUUCCCGCACGGUCCCUGGAGGCCUUGCUGAGAGUACAGGGCUGCUGGCUGUGAAUGAUGAAGUCUUAGAAGUGAAUGGGAUUGAAGUGGCCGGCAAAACCCUUGACCAGGUCACAGACAUGAUGAUUGCCAACAGCCAUAAUUUCAUUAUUACUGUUAAGCCAGCCAACCAAAGGAACAAUAUUAUUCGUAGCAGCCGGAUGUCUGGUAGCUCAGGUCAGUCAACAGACAGUACAGCCAGUCACCAUAGCUUGCCUUCUUCCCAUGCUGAACAGAACUUCCACCCUGAUGAAAUGGAGAGUGAUGAAGGGACCGACAAAAUCCUG